CAGGGAAGAACUGACUGAGUUUGUCAAGAUGAAGGGAAACACAUUGGAUGACUAUGACCUCCCUGAUGGACCCACUUUCUAUCAAGUCAAAUGCGAUGGACUUGUGAGCUCAAACAUAGUCUCUGUGGACCCUUUCCUCCCAUCAAGUGGUUAUACCGCACACUCCAACACCGUCAAAUCUCCACUGGAUCUUCGCUCGUUUCACAUUUCUGGUCCGGAUGGGCAAGUCUUCAACUAUGUUUACAAACCUGUGGCCACACCAGAUCGGUUCCAUAUCUUGGCAAACGACAAAGUUGUUCUCACUGGCAGUCAGGUCUGUUCCAGCGCCAUCGAGCAUAUGUCAGCCGCGGACUAUCAGAUGCAUGCAACAAAGCAUUCUUCCAAAUCACUGCUGUACAAAGGUCGGCUAAUUCGACCGGGAGAAGAUCUUCAGCAGCUUUCAGAGUGUUUUCUCGAAGGGUUCAAGUCUCGCUACAAUCCGCUGACGAAAGAAGUUGUCUUGUGGGCUCAUUUCGAGAACUCAACAGGAUACUCUGCGGCGAGACUUCUUGCAGCUCAUGGACCACCGGGUGAGACUAUGACAGUCUCCUUUGCAGAACGUCCACUUGGUAUUGAUUCUCACGAUCUUGACUUCUUUGUUGAUGAUGGGCACAGUGGCUACAUCAUAUCAGCGGCAAACGGCAACACCGAUAUCAACAUCUACAGCUUGACCUCUGAUUGGACUCAAAUCCACGCCUUGGAAGCAACUACUUUGCAAAGAGCCCGCCGAGAAGCGCCAAGUGUAGUUCGAGUCGGCGGACUAUACUAUCUGUUCACCUCUGCCACUGCAGGCUGGUACCCAAGCGAAAGCACUUACAUUGUUGCCAGUUCUAUGGCUGGCCCGUGGAGUACUCAAACUACUAUCGGUGGCCUCACCUGUUACGGGUCGCAGUCCGGUCUGAUUCAUCGAGUUGGCAGUAGCUUUGCUAUGGUCAGUAACAUUUGGGGAAGUCACUGGGCGAGGCCAGCUCGACAAGGUUCGAGACAGCUUCUUCUGCCUCUCAGCUUGGCCCCAGAUGUACGGAAAGCUCACUUGCAUUUCUACCCACGAGUCAUGUACAAGGACUCUAACGAUCUGAAGGACGGCCAGGCUAUCUACGGGGUGCAAGCCGGACGCAUUCUCUCCCAAGGUAAGCCAGUCACCGGAGGCUUUGGUGAUGGUCGCGAAACAGACGGCCAGUAUGAUUCGCGUGUCGGUGGAUGGUUGCCUGGAUCAAACGGAAGUCCUCCUCAAGUGGCAAUCAGCAUCUCAGACACUGUUUCCCAGCCUGUGUUCAAAAUCACGGCGAUUGAGGUUCAUUUUACGACAGUUCCAGGCAGUGAAAUGUACUAUGAUACAGUCAUCGACGCAAUCAGCAAGGGAACUAAGUCUGGGCCUGAAUUGCGCUUGGUCACCUCGGAUCAAUCCAAAGCAGAACCUGGGUUCCAACAUUACGCUAUGACAUCUAAGCUCAAAGAUGUGACCAGUGUGAUCGUUCAAUUUGGCAUGCUUCGUGCCUCAAGCGGGAUUCCUGCUCAAGUAGUUGAAAUUGUUAUUUACGGCUAUUGAUCAUGAAGCGACCGAGAUCAUCAAAGAGACAGUAGCAGCUCGAUUCAUUAUUCUAAACAGUAUCUUAUACGCUUAUUUGAGC